UAGCAUGUCAUCCCAUGAUGCACCGCGCUAUCAACGGCUUCAGUCAUUCAAGCAGCUCAGCUCUGGUGCUUGUGAGAGCGUCUGUUCUUGUUAGGCCAUCUGGGUUCGGGUAACCUGUGUCCUGAACCGGACCGGACCUUGAACGGGGGCUUAACUCUCUCAUUUCGAGGGAAACUUUCCCGUCCAUGCUUUAGGAAUCACCGGCCGUUGACGGGAAGCGAGCGUUUGGGCGGCAGAAGCGGUGCUGUCAGCGAUAUAACAGCAGAAAGCGUUCAAUCUACAAACAUAAACCGACCGCAAACAGAACUGUGGGGAUUUAUUAAUACUUUACAAGCAACUUGAUGGAUUUAGAAACCGGAAGAAGCGAACUGGGAGCGAUGGGAGAGUCGCUGCAGCCGCAGACCCCCAGUCGCCACGAGAAAAGUCUCGGGCUGCUCACGACCAAAUUUGUGACUCUGCUGCAGGAAGCGAAGGACGGAGUGCUGGAUUUGAAAGCUGCUGCAGAUACUUUGGCUGUAAGGCAGAAAAGGCGCAUCUACGACAUCACCAAUGUUUUGGAAGGCAUUGGACUCAUUGAGAAGAAAUCCAAAAACAGCAUCCAGUGGAAGGGUGUUGGUCCGGGUUGCAACACGCGUGAAAUUGCAGACAAGCUGAUAGACCUCAAGUUGGAAUUGGAGGAUCUUGACAGGAGGGAACAUGAACUGGACCAGCAGAGAGUUUGGGUUCAGCAGAGCAUCAAGAACGUGACAGACGACUCACUAAAUAGCCCUCUGGCAUAUGUAACGCAUCAAGACCUCUGCAAUUGCUUCAAAGGUGACACUCUUCUAGCAAUCAGAGCUCCCUCAGGAACACAACUGGAGGUCCCUGUGCCUGAAUCUCAUGUCAAUGGACAAAAGAAGUACCAGAUUCACCUGAAGAGCUCUGCAGGUCCCAUCGAGGUCCUCCUGGUGAAUAAGGAUCCCUCUAGUUCUUCUCCUGUGGUGCUGCCCGUGCCCCCGCCAGACGACAUGCUUCAGAGCCUGUCCACCCCUGCUUCAACUACCUCUGCUGCUGUUGCACCCACCAAACCAGCAGCCAACAGUACGCCAUCGCCUGCCUCCACCUGCCAGAGUCCUACCACCUCCUCCACCACGGUCCCUCCCAACACAACCACUGUCUCUGCUGCUGGGGCAGCCAAAGAGAUUUCAAGCACCUCCGAUACAACAGCCAAUCCGGCAUCUUCAGCGGGAACCCAGCAGCUGCAGUCAUCUGCUUCAUUGGACAGCUCUUCACUUCCUGAUUCAUCAACACUUUUUGAACCAAUCAAAACAGACCCUUCAGAUUUACUGGACUUCCCCAAAGAACUUUCAGAAAUGUUUGACCCUAAAGAAAUUAUGAGUACAGAUUUGCUCGAGGAGCUGAUGUCAUCAGAAGUUUUCUCUCCGCUCCUCCGUCUAUCACCUCCUCCGGGUGACCAUGACUACAUCUAUAACCUGGAUGAGACUGAGGGCCUUUGUGACCUUUUUGAUGUUCCCAUUGCCAACCUUUGACCUCCAAACACACCGUACAACAAGAGUAGUGUACUUAAAAGAACUUUCUUUUUUUAAAACCCUUUUCGAAGGAGAAAAAAGAAAGCGUGGCUCUGUGUCAGAUCCAUAUGUAUGAUAAGCUGAUUCUGUGUAUAUAAAGCUUUUUUUAUAUGUGUAUAUUUACUUCAACCCCAAAGUGACUGACUGAAAAUGAACUUUCCCUGCUAAAUUCAACUGCUCCAAUCUGAUGAAGAUAUCAGAGAUCCAUAUUCAAUCAAUUAGUCCCAAGCAAGGCCAUUGUUUUUAUACUACUUUUGUAUAGGGAAAUUCAUAUUUAUCACAAAAUAGACUAAAUUCACCAGCAAUGGUUCGGUGAAAAUACCAGCUGGAUGUGUCUUUUUAAAUGGUCUUCCUAUUCUAAAGCUCGUUUUUACUGAUCUGGACGCAACUAGUAUACAGAUUAUUCAAGAAAAAAAGCGUGUUGCUUCUAUAAUUAUGCUUUUGAAGAAUGCAUAAAGUUUGAAGCGAUUCAGCCAUUAUCUUACAGCAAAUGACUGAAACACAAUGCGGACGUAAUUAAGUUAAGUUACACUAAUAACCGAAGAGGCAGCGGUCGCAGCGGGGAGGCCUAUAUUGUGUGGAAUCUUUACAGUUUGGUGCUACAUAGCAAAAUAUAUUUAUCAUAGCGUAAAUCCUAAGAAAAAGUGAAGGAACAAACUUUAAAGUGUUGGAUGAACCAUUCCUCCUUGGUCUAUUUCAGGUGUGUAUUGUUAAUACUUCGUAUCUGACUCAUGGCUAGCCUACAGUGUUUGCUUAUGAACUUAACCUCGUUUAAUGUGGAAAGGUCACUCGUAAAGCCCUGUACAAAUGUUAAAUUAGAUGCCAAUUGCUAUUUUUGUAUUUUAAAUCAGUCCCUUCCUUUGUUUUCAGUCCAUACGUUACAUCUGUCCUUAACCCGUUUAUAUACAUGUAUAGAUACUUUUGAAAGUAUGUGAUGUCUUUAUUAUGUCUGUAUAUGAGAAUAACUGUCUAAAGAAGGAUGUGGGUUUAUGGGGGAAGUAAAAGAAGUCACAAUAUGACAAAUAGAGUAUCAGCAUGCUGUGUAAUGAGCGCUGUCCAAACAGAAUGUCAUUAUGUGGACUCCUCACUGUGUUGGUACUAAUGGUUGGCCCCACAAAAAAAACAUUGCUUGUUUUCUUAUUGUUCCUACCUGCUAAAUAAUAUUUUUAUGCUUGUACACAGUAAGCAUUUACCAUUUAUUUUUGUACUCAAUAGAUUUCCAACUGAUCUGUUUUUCAGUAGAUACAUUUUCUGUCGAGCCUAUCUCCACAUUGCACUUUAAAACAGAUUAUCAGGCAGGUAACUUCCAGCCCUAUGCAUUGAAUUGGGUUGGUUGAGUCAAUUUUACAAAUGCAGUUUUCAAGUCCUCACUGUGUCAAUGCAAAACACCAGAAUUGUUGUUCUUUACUGGAAUCGUCAUCCCCUUGAAAUAAAAGACGUUUUUGUA